AUGGAGAGGCUGUGUGUCAUCUUCUCCGUAGUAGGAGAGAGUGUCACCGUGCCUUGUGACGGUGUGGGGGGUCCAAACUGCUCCUCUCUGGGAUGGCGGCACCAACCAGUUGGUGAAGGGGGCUGGUGGAAGAUCUGGCCAGACGCCCCCCUUGAUUUAGCUGGAAGACUCCAUCUGCUGCCUGACUGUUCCCUCCACAUCACCAACAUCACCACCGAGGAGGCUGGAGGCUACAGAUGUGUCAUAUUCUCCAGAGUAGGAGAGAGUGUCACCGUGCCUUGUGACGGUGUGGGGGGUCCAAACUGCUCCUCUCUGGAAUGGGGGCACCGGCCAGAUGGUGGGGACUUGAGGGAGAUCUGGCCAGACGCCCCCCCUGAUCGAGCUGGAAGACUCCGUCUGCUGCCUGACUGUUCCCUCCACAUCACCAACAUCACCACUCAGGAGGCUGGAGACUACAGAUGUGUCAUUUACUCCAGAGUAGGAGAGACAGCCACCCUGCCUUGUGACGGUGUGGGGGGUCAAAACUGCUCCUCUGUGGAAUGGCUUGAGGGUUUGAGCUAUAGUAAGAUCUGGCCAGACGCGCCCCCUGAGCGAGCUGGAAGACUCCGUCUGCUCCCUGACUGUUCCCUCCACAUCACCAACAUCACCACUGAGGAGGCUGGAAACUACAGAUGUUACAAUCCCCUGAGUGGUCAGAGGAAAGAAUUUCUGCUCAUUCUUCUUGACGGUGUCAUUUACUCCAGUGUAGGAGGGACAGCCACCCUGCCCGGUGACGGUGUGGGGGGUCCAAACUGCUCCUCUUUGGAAUGGCAUGACUAUCCAGAUGUUUGGGGCUUCAAGUUCACAUUUCAAGGAGAUGACUGGAGAGUUUCCACCAGGAAGAUCUGGCCGGACGCGCCCCCUGAGCGAGCUGAAAGACUCAGUCUGCUCCCUGACUGUUCCCUCCACAUCACCAACAUCACCACUGAGGAGGCUGGAUACUACAGAUGUUACAAUCCCCUGAGUGGUCGGAGUAAAGAGUUUCUCUUUAUUCUUCUUGACGUUCCAUCUUCCCCCAGCGAGAAUGAGGUGGAGUCUGAAGAUCAUGUGACUCUCCCCUGUGUCCUUCACACUGGCUUUGACUGUGACCUGUCGACUCUGCAUCCGGAUUUUAACCUCAGCUGGGUGGAGGUGGCAGGGACUAACCUGUGGACCUCCACCAAUUACCAGACCAGGAAAACAUCUGCCUGCCGCACCACCCUGACGGUCAACCUCACAAGUCCCGCCCCUUACAGCCAGCGAAGGUGCCAGGUGACUACAGGAGGCCAAGUGCAGGUGUCUUCUGCCCUCCACACCUUUGGAUCCUUUCUAGCAGAUGUCUACAUGGUUGUGAGAGUGGCCAUUGUUUUGUUUCUGACUGUCUGUGCCAUCGCACUUGAAAUAAUCUGGAGGAGACGGAGACAGAAUUCACAGUGAUCCCUCUGCUGAAGCUGACCAGCAUGUAGUGUUGCAGCUCCACCUACUCUUCAUCAUC